AUGUCCAACUACAAGGUCGCCGAUGUUUCUCUCGCUGCUUUCGGUCGAAAGGAGAUCGAGCUCGCUGAACAUGAAAUGCCCGGUCUCAUGUACCUCCGAAACAAGUACGCCAAGGAGCAACCCCUUAAAGGUGCUAGAAUCGCUGGUUGUCUUCACAUGACCAUCCAAACUGCCGUCCUCAUCGAGACUCUUACCGCUCUCGGUGCUCAAGUCACCUGGUCAUCAUGUAACAUCUUCUCCACCCAAGACCACGCCGCCGCUGCCAUCGCUGCCACCGGUGUUCCCGUUUACGCCUGGAAAGGUGAGACCGAGGAGGAGUACAUCUGGUGUAUUGAGCAAACUCUCGCUGGUUUCCCCGAGGGUAAAGCCCUUAACAUGAUCCUCGAUGACGGAGGUGACUUGACCACCCUUGUUCACGAGAAAUACCCUCAAUACCUUGACGAUAUCCGAGGUGUAUCUGAGGAGACUACCACCGGUGUACACCACCUUUACAAGGCUUUCAGAGACGGUAAACUCAAGAUCCCCGCCAUCAACGUAAACGACUCUGUCACCAAAUCCAAAUUCGACAACUACUACGGUUGUCGAGAAUCCCUUGUCGAUGGUAUCAAACGAGCCACCGAUGUCAUGCUUGCUGGUAAAGUCGCCGUUGUCGCCGGUUUCGGUGAUGUUGGUAAAGGUUGUGCCGAGUCCCUCCGAUCAUACGGUGCCCGAGUUCUCGUCACCGAGAUUGACCCCAUCAACGCUCUUCAAGCCGCUAUGGCUGGUUACGAGGUCUGCACCAUGGAGGAAGCCGCCCCUCGAGGUAACGUCUUCGUCACCACCACCGGUUGUCGAGACAUCAUCGUCGGUGAACACUUCGAGGCUAUGCCCGAGGAUGCCAUCGUUUCCAACAUCGGUCACUUCGAUGUUGAGAUUGAUGUCGCAUGGCUCAAGGCCAACGCUGCUGAGGCCAUCAACAUCAAGCCUCAAGUAGACCGAUACACCAUGAAGAGUGGACGACACAUCAUCCUUCUUGCCGAAGGUCGACUUGUCAACCUUGGUUGUGGUACCGGUCACCCAUCUUUCGUCAUGUCAUGUUCGUUCGCUAACCAAGUCAUGGCUCAAAUUGCUCUUUGGACCGAUGCCAAAUCUUACCCCCUCGGUGUCCACAUGCUCCCCAAAUCUCUCGAUGAGGAAGUUGCCCGAGCUCACUUGGCCCAACUCAACAUCAAGUUGACCAAGAUGUCCAAGGUUCAAGCUGACUACCUCGGUUUACCCCUCGAAGGUCCUUACAAGCCCGACCACUACCGAUACUAA